UCGAUGACAAAAAGACACGUUCUUUAACGUAAUACAUAAUGUCUCUUGUGAUGCGACUAUAAAUACAUGCGCCUAAUGGUCCUAUUCCGAAAACGUGAGAAGCCGAGUCUAUUUUAACGGAUUCGAGUGGGUCCGCGUGUCCCGUUGACCCUAUGGCCAUCUAAACCAGUCUUAGACGGCGAGAGUAGCGUCGAGCAUUGGCUACUCGUUCGCGAACAGCUCAAGGUUCUCCGAUCUCGCGAGAUUACCGCUGGAAUUUCGCAAUUCACAAUUCAUGACGUUGUCUGUCCGCGUUUUUCUUUAACCUCUUUCUCUCGCGCGCGCGUUUCGGGUCCACGUGGGUUGUCGGGUCGACCGCGAUGCAAAACGUACGAGCAUUGGUGUCUGUCUUGGCUGCAGUGGGAACAAUAGUUGUUAUAGGAGUCGCAUUUAAAAUAUACAAAUCUUGGAAUGAGAAAAGAAAAAAGUCUCCAAUAUUACUGGUUGAUCCGUUAGUCAAGUAUAGUUUACCUUUAAUCCAAAAAGACAUAAUAAGUCAUGAUACAAGAAAGUUUAGAUUCGGAUUACCAACACCGAAUCAUGUUCUGGGUCUACCUAUUGGUCAACAUGUACAUUUAACUGCAAGAAUCGGAGAAGAAGUUGUGAUACGGUCGUAUACACCUGUUUCAAGUGACGAUGAUCAUGGCUAUGUGGAUCUUGUCAUCAAGGUAUAUUUCAAGAACGUGCAUCCAAAAUUUCCAGAGGGGGGAAAAUUAUCUCAAUAUUUGGAGAACAUGGAAAUAGGUGACACCAUUGACUUCAGAGGUCCAUCUGGUAGAUUGGUUUACAAAGGAAAUGGAAAGAUUUCUAUAAAAAUUCUUAGGAAAGAACCACCUGUGGAAUAUAAUGUUAAAAAAAUUGUCAUGCUUGCUGGUGGUACAGGCAUUACACCGAUGCUGCAGUUAAUUCGUGCAAUAAUAAAAGAUCCCACAGAUGAAACUCAAACUUCCUUAUUAUUUGCUAAUCAGACUGAGAAAGAUAUUUUGUUACGAGAUGAAUUAGACGAUAUUGCCAAAAGACAUCCAAAUAAAUUGAAACUCUGGUACACAUUAGAUACAAGUAGUGAGGGAUGGCCUUACAGCACAGGUUAUAUCAACACUGAUAUGAUACAGAAACAUAUGUUCCCACCAUCAUUAGAUACCAUUGUGCUGAUGUGUGGUCCACCUCCGAUGAUUAAUUUUGCUUGUACUCCUAAUCUCGAUAAACUUGGUUAUGAUACUAAAUUACGAUUCGCAUAUUGAUUUAUUAUGCAGAGCAUUGUAGAAAGUUUGCAUCUGGCAAAGAUUUGCUUACUUCUAGUACUUCAAUAAAGUCGGAGGUAAAUUUCUAAUAAUAAAUUGUUGAUAAAUGUAUAUAA